AUGGAUCAAUCUAGAGACGAGAAAAACGAUGAUACAGCAUAUGAAAUAGAUAGUAACUGCAAUCAGGAUAGAAUCGAAGAUGGAAGAGAAGCAUUGGAAUCAAUCUCAAAACAUGAUAAGAGACUCCUAAUCAAACUAGCUACAUUAGCACUUGCAUCUUUUUUUCCAGAAGCUUUCUAUACAUUUUUUGAUGUCUUUGCCGUACCAUCCCAAUUAAGCCUAGGAAUACCUAUUGGACUAACACUAAUUCCCUCGAUUCUUGCAACCUUAAUCGGAUUUUUUUUAAUUCCAAUCGUUGGCAAUUUAUCUGAUCGUUGCACUUCUCGGAUUGGAAGACGACGACCAUUUAUCAUAAUUUUCUUUAUAUUAGUUUUAACAUCUGCUGGGAUGAUAUCUUUUAGUCGGAUAAUCGGUCUUGAGCUAUGGCCUCAUCAUUUAUUAAUAGGGCGUAUUAUACUUAUCGUUGGAUUAAUUAUGGAGAUGUCAUGUUGCUCUAUAUUAUUAGCGCCUGCUAGAGCUCUUGUUAUGGAUGCUGCUCCGAUUGAUAUGCAAGUUACUGCUAACAGUUUAAUAACUUGCUCAGCAGGCAUUGGAGCUGCUACUACUACUGCUAUUAGUGGGAUUAAUUGGAAGAAAACGCCACUAGUAAAAAUAUUUGGUGGACAAAUUGAAGUAGCUUUCAUUUUGAUAGCUUCAAUAGGUAUCGUAGUGAUACUGAUUGCGACGACAAGCUAUGCAGAAGUUCCAUAUACCAUCAUUGGCUCUACUGAUGUAUUAAUCCAUAAAUCAUCAAGUAGAAAAAGUAGCGACGAUUUGAACAUGUUUGCUAAGGACUGUAAGGCAUAUAGUUCUAUCCAAUCGACUGUUAUACAAAAAGAUCAGAUGGAAAUAACAGAUAACUUAACUGAUGAUAAACUACAAGCAAUUACUGCAAAAGAGAUAAGUAAUUGGAAUCAUCUGUAUCAGACUUAUUAUUUUACUAAAACUAUGCCAAAGGAGUUACUCAUUUUGUGGAUAGCAAGCUUCUUUAGUUGGCUAUCAUAUAAUUCAUUCGCCUAUUUCUUAACUGAUUUUGUUGGUCAAUCAAUCUAUCAUGGUAAUCCUCUAGCAGCCGAAAAUUCGACAGCUUUACAUCGUUAUGAUCGCGGUGUCUCUGCUGGAAGCUGGGGUUUCCUGGGCUGCACUGUUGUAUCCGUCGUAUAUUCCUUGACGCUUGGGCGAAUAACAAAAUAUAUCGGUGAUCCCAAUGCAGCUGAAAAUUCAACAGCUUUACAACAUUAUAAUGCCGGAGUAAGAUAUGGCAGUUGGGAUUUAGCGCUGUGCACUCUUGCCACUACACUUUACUCCAUCAUACAACCUAAUUCUGGCCAUAAGCUGUGCCAUAUUGUAGUAAUACAUGUUGAUAGGAUUAAGCAUGCCAGCGAUGGACAUUCUAGAAAUUAA